GCAGUAUCCUGCUUGCAGAAAGAAAAGAUGUGUUGAUUUUUCUUCUUUCCCCAUGCGCGAUCGGCGAGCGUCGUCACCGGAGCAAGCGCGUAUAACCACUCGCGUGAGCGAUUUGUUGAUGUGUUGAGGAGAGGGCGAAGAAGGGGGAACUGAUACGAUUACAGAUGUACAGAGAUGGAGCACGCUGCUAAGGAAUAUCACCGGCAGAUUUUUCGGGGAGUUGAAUUCUGGAGAGAGCUUCAAAAACCGACGAUGUCGUGACUCUGAGAGUGAGCGAAAGGAACAACGAGCGCUGACUGGUGAGUAACUGGAACACGGAGAGAGAGAGAGAGAGAGAGAGAGAGAGAGAGAGAGAGAGAGAGAGAGAGAGAGAGAGAGAGAGAGAGAGAGAGAUGUUUCCACGACCCGCGCUGUCUGUUCGUAAGCCUGGAGGGAUUGGCGAGUCAGUACGCCCCGCGGUAUCGCUUCGUAGGGUUGGGGGGAUGGCUGAGUCAAUGAGCGAGUUUCACUCACGCAGGAGAAUGGAUGAGGAGGAGAUCUCGGAUGAUGACGAUGACACGGGGCAGGAUUGUGGGAGUGGUAAGGGUGAUGGCAGUCGCCUUAGAGCGUCUUUGGUUCUUGGUCCAAUCCGGACAUCUCAGGCCCAAAAGAAUGGCGGUCAUGGGGGCAAACCAGGAAACGGACCAGAUGCGCUGUCCAGGCUAGAUGCGUAUGCGUUCAAGCCUACGAAUGGCAAGUCGGUGUGCAGGUCGACCAGUGUAGGAGGGCCAGGAGUUGGUCGGAAAAGAGAGAGAAGUGGUGGCAGCGAUAGCGAAGGGGAGGGAAGAGGAGGGGUUAUGAGGAGGAAGAGAGAAAAAGUGGCUACAGAUAGUGACAGAGAGGGAGGAGGAGGCAUGUCUUCCGGAAAACUUCUUCAAAGGGGUGGAGGAGGAGGAAUUGCGUGCCAUUCUUCGCAACGGAUUGGUUCCAAUCGGCCGGGAGGAGGCGAUUUCGAGGAGAGAGGGAAGGAUAACGGAGGGCAUCUCGGCAGUGGAGGUGGUAAUGGGAGGAAGAUGAAAUCGGGCUCGUCGACGAACGGCGGCGCCGCCAGAAGUGAAGGGAGGGUGGAGGAUCGCGAAGCUGCAGGCGGUUGCGAUAGACAGGUCGCCAAAUUGGGAUCGGGGCACGUGACCCAUCAAUCUAGAGUUGAAGGACGGUCGGGGGCAUCGGGGGCGGCGGUGCUUCUCGAUGAGGCGAGGAGGGAAGAUGCGGAGGCGGAUGAUUGGAGGGAAGAGGACAUGGACAGAGGGAUGGAGGUAUGGGGAAGGGGUGGAGGGGGGAGAAGUGGGGGGGGGGGGAGGAGAUACGGUGUUGAGCAGCAGGGCCGGGCAGCGCAUCAGUUGGACAGCAGAAGAAGUGCGACACGUGGAAUGACGACAGCGGGACACGUGGAGGAUGAGGAGCGAGUGGAGGAGGAUGAGGAACUGCCGGAGUCCAGGGGAAAGCAGUCCAGAGUUCUAAGGAGGGUAAGGGUUAUCAUCGAUAGUGACGAGGAAGAGGAGGGGCAUCAGGGGAAUCGGGCGCAAGAGCCUGUGGUGGGAGUCGUGAAGGACAGGCGACGAGGUACUGCUGAGACGAACAAGAAACAGGUUAUUGGUAGAGGAAAGGGAGGUGGGGACUCCAGUAGUGACGACGAGGCGCUCGCUAGAGCACUUCAAGAGGAGGAAGAGAGAAGUGGAAAGGAGCGCGAUAUGAACUUAAAGACCGAUGAACGGAUUGCGAGGGAGUUGCAAGAAGAGGAGGACGUGACGGUGGGAAGUAGGAGGAGGUUAAGGACGAGAGCAGAGAUGGAAGUUGAUGGAUCGAAGUCGAGACGAGUUGUGCGCAAUAUGGAUGGUAAUGACGAAGCGGAGGACGAUAAAAGGGAUGAUGGAGUGAUCGCUGAGCGCGAUGUGUCGGCAAAGAAGGCGGUAGAUGAUCCAGUGUCAGCAGCUCUCUGGCGAUGCGAGUCGAUUGCGGCCUCUCUUAGAAAUCAAUUACGGACUCUGAGCUCCAGUUCGGAUACUGUGGCAGACGAUGUCUUCUCGGAGGUGGAUGACUCAGCCGUUAAAUUGGUCACGCAGGAUGACAUUGCGAAAGUGUGCAGUCGGGGAGGUGAAUCGAGGUCGCCUUUAAAGCCUUAUCAGCUCGUGGGAGUAAAUUUUUUGGUUCUUCUCCAUCGGCAGAACGUUGGUGGAGCCAUUCUUGCAGAUGAAAUGGGUCUGGGGAAAACGGUGCAGGCAAUCACGUUUCUUGGACUGCUGAAGCACUUGGAGAAUGACCCAGGCCCUCAUCUUGUUGUUGUACCCGUCUCCCUGCUGGAGAAUUGGUAUCGGGAAUUGAAUAUGUGGUGCCCGUCUCUUGAAGUGGUGUUUUACUAUGGAGACCAAAAGACUCAGUUGAAGUCGGAGCUGCAGUCAGUGGCGAAAAGCGGUAGACCUGCUCCAUUCAAUGUGCUUCUGACGUCUUACACCAUCUUUGAGAGGGACAGCCCUGUUCAGAAGGAGGAUCGGCAGUUCCUCCGUCGCUGGAACUGGUCAUGCGUGGUAAUGGAUGAAGCACACCUGCUUAAGGACCGCCUCAGUGCAAGAACACGGCGUUUGAGGAUGAUUGCUGCGACUGCAAAGAGGCGGCUGAUGCUCACUGGCACUCCCCUCCAGAAUGAUCUUCAGGAACUAUGGGCAUUGUUGGAGUUCUUAUUGCCGGACGUCUUCAAGGACGUUGACCUGAACGCGUAUGCCGCACAACAGUUGAAACUGAGUGGCAAAGAGGGCAGCGAUGAGGAUAACAAACUGGCUGCGAGGAUGAAAGCAAUGCUAGGACCUUUUGUGCUACGCAGAGUAAAAGCAGAUGUGAUGCGUCAGCUUGUUCCGAAGACGAAACGUGUUGAGUUUGUGACCAUGGUGCCACAGCAGAAGCAGGCAUAUGAGGCUGCUCUUGACACUUGGCGUAAUAGUGUGAAAGCCAAGAUGGCAGCCAAGAAUGGGGAAUCUGCUGUGUCAAGUGGAGCAUUGUCGGGCGUCUUGACUGGAAGACAAAUUUUGAAUAUAUUCUCUCAUCUCCGGAAGAUUGCAAAUCAUCCAUUGCUGGUGCGGCGACUGUUCAGUGACGAAGAUGUUAAGUUCAUGGCACAAAUACUCCAUCGGAAACAAGCUUUUGGAGACACAUGCUCCUUGGAAAGAGUGGUCGAGGAGUUGAUGAGCGAGAAUGAUUAUGAACUUCACGUGCUGUGCAAGUCCCAUUUCGAACUUGCAUCAAAGAAGCUUCCAAGGAAUGCAGCCCUUCAAUCCGGGAAAUGUCAGAUGCUUGCAGGACUCCUUUCCGAGCUCAAGGAAAAAGGAUCAAGACCUCUGAUAUUCAGCCAGUUCACAGCCAUGCUUGACAUCCUGGAGUGGGCUCUUUUUGCUUUGCAGCUCUCAUACGUUCGGCUGGAUGGGAGCACGCAGACAGCAGACAGGCAGCGCCUAGUUGACGAGUUCAAUAACGACACUUCCAUUUUCUGUUUCAUCCUUUCAACAAGGGCUGGAGGACAAGGGUUGAAUUUGACAGGGGCUGACACGGUAAUUUUGCAUGACAUGGACUUCAAUCCAGAAGUGGAUAAACAGGCGGAAGACAGGUGUCAUCGUAUUGGCCAGACAAAGCCUGUGACGGUUUACAGAUUGGUCACAAAGGGGACAGUGGAUGAGAACAUCCUUCGCAUCGGGCAGCGGAAACUUGCUUUUAAUGAGCAGAUGCUGGACAGCGGUGGUGGUGGUGGUGGGGCAGACCUGGUUAAUACGCGUACAAUGAGUGAGAUUCUUGCUGCUGCUUUGGCGGAGCGACCAUCUCAUGAUUAGACAAGGUAUAUUGCCACAUGAUGGACAAUCAAGCCCCUUCUUGAGGAGAGUCGCAUCUCAAGUUUUUGAUACUUGUGAUUAUUCAUAUUUACCCUUCUGUGAACCGCUUCUGUCGAAGUGGUUGGUGUUGCCACUAUGGAGUCGUGGUGUCUUGAUCCUUUUAUGACGGUUUCAUGACCCUUUCAUGACCCUUUCAUGACCUCUGGGGAAAGAGCAGCCGCCGAGGCCAAAGGUGAGCAUAUCGUUCCAGACACGCCAAAAGAAAAGGAAGUGUUUGUGACCACAGUGGACAUCAUACUAGGUAGGGGAGCUGCUGGCCUGCACAUGUUGGGCCCCUCAUAGACAGCAGUUUGCGCUCAGGUGCUGCUGUGCAAUGUACAUCUAACGAAGUUGUCUUUAUUAUCAGAUGGCAAGAAGCCUUGCACGUAUGAGGGGGCGAGGAUGGGGCGGGAGUACUUUUGAGGUACAGUGAUUCUCUUCGUUCGUCUGUUGGCUUGUGUACUUCUUUGGAAAUGCAAUAAUGGCUCGUCUGACUUCACGCAGAGCGAUGGAAGAAGAUGAAACACGGAAGGGGAUUCCUGAGCAAGAGGCAGUGUAGAGGUGAUUGAUGCUCUCGGCGGCUGAAAGGCUCUGAAGCAAGGAUCACGACGGGCGAUGUGGCCUGACAGAGCGGUUUGGUCUGCUCAUGACAGAGCAAGCACAGUGGUGCUGCAUGUCUGCAAGGAGGAGCUCCGUCUAUUUGUGUGGGCGACGUUUUGCUGACAACAAUUCACUCGUUGUUUGUGCCUUGGAAGUUCUAGAAUGCAUUUUGUACUAUGUUUAGUGGAGAAGGGAACCAAGCUUGCCAUUCUUCAGCUGUAGACUCUCCAUGGAGAUUUGAGUGACAUGGAUGUGGUGGGGACCGAACAUCACUGAGCACUUCAGAUUGGCUGUGGUGCAACGGCUGCUCCUUCCGCUCUAGGGCACAAGUUCUAGUUGAAUUUCUCUCUGACUGCGCUAUGGUAUGGUUUUGAAGGCAGAAGGGGAGGUGGUGGGAGGAAGGGCAGCACAAUUCGCGAGAUGAAUUGUAGUGUGCUCGCCGGAUGAGAAAACUAUGGUGGUACACUUGUGAGCUACAUCCACUGUUGUGACUGGACUUGUGUGCUUCUUUAGGUAACCCCAUGUUGUGCACCGGAUGGGUCUCAGCAUGCCGCUUUGCUGAGUCCUUGUUUGAUUUCGCUGCUUCCGUUUUCAGUCUCGGAGGUGGGAUGUUUUGGUGAUUUAGGUCUGCCUGUUGGGAAAGCCCCAAGUGGAGUAUCAGGCUGGGCAGGGGUGUUGCAAGGUUGCUAGAGGAUUAGCAACAAGGAAUAGCAAGGCUAUACUCUAAUCCUGGAGGAUUAUAAUCAAUCCAUGAGGAGAUGGAUGCAUUGGCAGGUGCCAUUUGUUCUUGUUUCGAUGAUUUUACCUGAUUUGUUCUGGCUAAUCGGCCUAAGCCCAGCCAGAUCACUUUUUUUUCUGCGUCGUCUUUGUUGUCCUUGGAUGGCGGUGCCAAGCUGAUAAAAUUGCACCGUACGACGUUCCGCUACCUGGAAAAAGGUUGAAAACGACAGAGUUGUAUUUACGCCGCUCCAUGUGUUUGGCCUAUGGAAUGUUAGCUAGCUUGGAGCUCAGUUUGUGGAACAGUCUCCACUUUUGUGUAGUGCUCAUGUUGCGCGUGUUUGUGGAUGUGGGUGAGAAAACAUGCGGUUGGUUUUACGUGUGCACAGAUAUUGCUAGCGUGGUUAUGCGUCGGGGAUCGGAGGCCUGCUUUUGCAUGCUUUGCAGGACAGAUUCUUCAUCCUUUUUUGGCGCCGCAUCGUUGACUGGUCGGCGGUUGUUGUAGUCAACAUUAUGAUCCUUGUCUGAGCACACUGCUGGCUGCAAGUCAGCAGGACUAGAUUACGAGAUGUCGCGGGCGAUGCCCAUUGUGCUCGAACAUUCUCUAGGAGGCAUGGUGAUAUUGGGAAUCGAAGUGAAUGAGCAUUGUUGCAAUCAAACGAUCGCUGCCCUGUGGCCCGAGCGAGGCUUGUGCCGGUGCACAAGGGGCUCCUGGCAGGUCAGCUCGACACAUUUUGGACGAAAUAAACUGGCGGGCCGUUU